AUGGAGAUGGGGGUUCAUGAAUUCCUUGUUCUGCUGCAGCUGCUGGUACUUCACCUUGGAGUGUGGGGCUCUCCACAGUCCCCCUUCUGUGAUAGCCACAUCCUGGAAAGAUACAUCCUCGAGGCUAAAGAGGCACAGAAUGCUACGGUAGCCUGCAUGGAAGAUUGCAGCCUGGGUGAGAACAUCACAGUCCCUGAUACCAGGGUGAACUUCCAUACCUGGAAGAAGAUGGAGGUAGGGCAGAAGGCAGGGGAGGUCUGGCAGGGGCUGACCCUGCUCUCUGAAGCUGUCCUAAAAGGGCAGGCCUUGCUGGCCAACUCCUCCCAGACACCAAUAGCUCUGAGACUCUUCGUGGACAAAGCUGUCAGCAGCUUGAGAAGUCUCAGAUUCCUGCUUCGAGGACUGGGAGCACAGGAGGAAGCUGUCUUUUUUCCAGAUGCCCCAACAGCAGUUCCAUUUCGUACAUUCACUGUUGGGACCAUGGACAAACUUUUUCGAAUCUACUCCAAUUUCUUACGGGGAAAGCUCAAGCUGUUUUUGAGAGAAGCCUGCCAAAGAGAGGAGAGGUGA